AUGUCCCGGGCAGCGGCUAUCGCCAGCUCCCUGAUCCGCCAGAAGCGGCAGGCAAGGGAGCGGGAGAAGGCGAAUGCUUGCCGCGGCAGCGGCAGCCCGAGCAACAGCAAAGGCACAAACGAGAAGCCGAGCAAGCUGAAUGUGUUCUCGCGUGUCAAAUUGUUUGGAUCGAGAAAGAAACGGAAGAGAAGGCGACCACCAGAGCCCCAGUUAAAGGGCAUUGUGACCAGGCUUUCCAGUCGCCAGGGUUUCCAGCUGCAGAUGCAGCCUGAUGGCACUAUUGAUGGAACCAAGGAUGAAGACAGCACCUACGCUGUGUUCAACCUGAUCCCAGUGGGGCUUCGUGUGGUGGCCAUCCAGGGUGUCCAGACCAAACUCUACCUGGCAAUGAACAACGAAGGCUUUCUCUACACCUCUGAACAUUUUACCCCGGAGUGUAAGUUCAAGGAGUCUGUGUUUGAGAACUACUACGUGACCUACUCCUCCAUGCUGUACCGGCAGCAGGCCUCAGGCCGGGCCUGGUAUCUCGGACUCAACAAGGAGGGUGGAAUCAUGAAGGGGAACCAUGUCAAGAAGAACAAGGCCGCUGCACACUUCAUACCGAAACCGCUCAAAGUGGCCAUGUACAGGGAGCCCUCCCUCCAUGACCUGACAGAACUCUCACGGUCAGGCAGUGGCACGCCGACCAAGAGUCGCAGCGCUUCGGCCCUACUUAAUGGCGGAGGGAAGACGCCCAGCAACAAUGACUUGUCCUAGCCCCCCCACCCCUCACACACGCACAGAUAUACAAGCACACACACAAACACACCUACACACACCUACACGCACACACACACACACACACAUAAACACACACACACAGAUCUCAGGCCAACAUGCCCACACAUCAGACUGGUGAGGGGUUGGAGGAAGCGAAGAGUAAAUGAAGGACGACAGGAAUGUGUUCUUCCACUUAACGGAGCCCACUGUGACUGACUGUGAUGUAAAUAAAUUAAGGACAAUCAAUCCGUCUGACUCUGCUGCUCUGGUCUCCAGAGGGACAGGACCUGUGAAUCUCUUCCCUUGACUACUCUUCCUGCUGUAUCAUACCCAGAUAGAACAAGGGAGGGAGAGAAAGAAAGAAAGAAAGAAAGGGGGGAUUGAGUGAGAGUCAGUCAGUCAGUCACACAGUCCUAUAAACAGACUGUUACAGAGAACCAAAGAGUCCAACUAAGUUAUUGCUAUGAAAAGGCAAGUGGUAAGAAAGUUACAGAGCGACAAAGGAGGGAAGAAAGUCUUUAUCUAUUCUACCGUACGCUAUGUUUACACAGAGCUCAUGGGGUUAAGUCAUAUUUUUAAAAAUGACGAACGUAUUCCUUGUACACUUAUGAGGACUGAUCAUUUGUUUGCAUGCAUGUGCGCCUGUGUGUGAAUGUGUGUGUGUGUGAGUAUGUGUGUCUGUGUGAGUGGCCAAGUACAUGCUGUGCUUGAAGUAGGUGUGUUGUGCGUGUGUGUGUGGGCGAGUGAGAGCGAGUGUGAGCGCACGCAUGUGUCUUGGGGGGGAUUUUACCUUUUUAAGAUCUGUUGUAUAUCAGACAAACCUCCUGAGGGCUUUAGCAGGUUAAAAUAAGGUUUACUGUAUAUGCUUCCAUGCUUACUUCUUACAAGCAACGCUGUUGUUUAUCUUUCCGUUUGUUGUUGUUGUCCCUUGCCGUUUGUUUGUUUGUUUGUUGUUGCAUGGAAGCUUGUGGACCUCUGCUCAGUAGCCGCAUGCUGAAGGUCCUUUUUUUCUGGUCUUAUGUGUUCCUGACCAAAAGAGAACACUAGUGAGCCAAUAGUGUCAUACCACAACACUAGUGAACCAAUGUGAGGGUGUUAGAACACUACUGGACCAAUAGUAUUGCACCAGAACAUGAGUGGACCAAUGGUGUUGGACCAGACCUUUGGUGAACCAAUGGGAGCACAGAUUAACUUAACAUUUUGGUUCCUGCUGUGGACAAACUAGAA